UCAACUCACUAAUAAGAUAUCGUUCCUGACUGAACGAUCUUGUCUGCGCUGUAUUUACUGUGGCUUCGUGGUAAAUACCAGCAUGAAAAACACUCAAAAUGAUUUAAAGGGCAAACGUUAUGUCCGCGCAUAUUACGAGUCAUCGUGGCGAAUUUGAUCUCAGGCACCCUGCAACUCACAAGUCGAAUUGGCUCCACGCAAGGUCGCACACCUUCUUCUUCUCUGCUGGGCUUCGUCAGGACUUCGUCAUUGAUGCUAGAGCAAAGGAAGUCUUUAACCAUGAUUUUGAAAUCAAUUCUUGGGACGACACUCGCCUCUUCUGCAAUAGAAAGGCAUCCCGACCAGCUACGCCAAAGAAGGACGCACCUAUUCUGCCGGACGAGACUGAGGUUUCUGAACAUGCUCGUACACUCAGCUCAGAAGAUCUUUUGCGGCGCAGACAAGAGAGAUUCGGCCAAGAGGCGCCAAGUGAUGAAGCAAGCGCGACUGCGGCUCAGGUCGAAGGCAGAAAUGCAAAUAAAAGUCCACAGAACAAGAGUCCACGGGCUUCAGUCAAAGAAAACGCCAACAGACCAUCAGAAGGACCAGCGAGGGCCCCGUCGAUCGCAGACUCUGAGCGAAGACCAGCCAGAACACUCACUAUCCGCUCAGCAAGUUCAGGAGAUAAUACAUCAUCGCAAAAAGAGUCUGCGCCGUCUAAGCAUGACAGACGGCCAUCCUUGUCGCAUCACGACCAGCUUCCUGCCAGUGUUCCAAAGGCCACAUUGCAUAUGCAGGAGCGACAGCAGCGGCCCUCUGAGAGUUUUGCGCCUGACGUUGCCAAGUCUCCUUUGUCAAGCCAGCAUCCUGCCGCAGCUCCUGUCAAGCCCAAAGACAGUUCCAGGGCUGAAGACAGUCAUCAACAGAGCGAGACGCGUGCGAAGCGAGUCGAUGCUGAGAUCCCAGUCGUUUUGCCUAAAGAACAGAAACUAGCCACGUCUCUCAGAUCAGAGAUGAUUGACGAGCCAGCUCAACUCGAAGCCAUCAAAAUUCCAACCGAAAGUGGGGAAGUGAAGCUUGCCUUGUCUAUUCGCAGCCAAGGAACAUUUGUCAAGGUUGAAGAGGACGCAGCAGUUGAUGGCGUCAAGCUUUCGCAAUCGCUGCGUGAGCCGCAAGCGCAGAAUGUAGUGCCGGAACCCGUUGUCGAGAAAGCUCCACGCACGCUUAAGAUUCGCCAGUCCGCGCCAGAGGAGGGUACGCAAGUGAAUCCCGAGACUGUACCAGAUUCUGUGCCACCUUCAUCGACGCCGCCGCCUCUUGUCAAACGUAAAUCCUCAAGCUCGACGCUACAAACUGAGAAACGAGUCAAAGUCGAUGCGUAUCCUGAACCAGCAUCAAGCUUGCGUGUUGUGCUACCAAAGGGAAACAUCGAACCACCCUCCUUACGUGUUGUCAUGCCCAAAGCUCGACCCAAGUCUGUUGCUGAGUUGCUUCAUCGAGCACAGAGCUCCUCGUCUUUACCUGCACCAGUUUCCGCUUCCAACGAAAACAGUCCUGGUCGCACAAAAGCGAAUGGGCAGUCCUCUGCUGUCACUACCGUGCAGCCAGCAACUGCUGUGGCAUCAGCACAACUAGCUUUGGCAACUGCGAAGGAGUCUUCGGAAGGCUUUCUGGAGCAAUCGACACAACCAGUCCUUAAACGUUCAAUUGCUUCGCCUGUUGAACUACGUGUCGGCUUGUCAGCGGAACCGGUGGCGAUUGAUAGUACGAUGCAACCGGCUGGCCGGACGCUUAUUACACCAGUCGACUCACCAGCGCCCAUGGACAGCAGUGAGGAGAGUGAUAUCCUCAACAUCAACGCAAACGAGUAUGUUUUGCCCAAUGAAUUACUCGAGUACCUUGACCUCUGCAAUGAAGCAGCUGAUAAUGUCGUCUUGCAGAAAUAUGCGCUUGAAGAGAUGCAUGCACUGCUCUGGCGCCUGCCCGACUUUGGCAGCUUGAUGGGCCGGCAUACGACGGGUGUCAAAAUUUGGUUCAAAAAGCAGCGAAUGCGGUGUAUGCAACAAGCGAGCACUGAGCGAGCCCAGCAGUGGAAAGUGCUCAGUGAGCGGUAUGCUUCAUUCAUGUCUGCAUUAGCUUGAGCGACGAUGCAAUGCGAAGCAGUAUUCUAUAUAAACGAGGGGAGACGCUGCUGUGUAUUUCAUAAGACGUAAUCAGAAGCCUUGCUUUACGAGGCAGGCCUUCUCUAUCCUUGCGUUGGC